AUGUCUCCAUUGCCACCGGGGUGGGAAUGCCCCAGCUGCGGAAACAACUGCUUUGCCUCUCGCAGCGAGUGUAACCGCUGCCAGACCCCCAAGCCGGCCGGCGGUGGCGGGGGGGGUGGUGGCUAUGGUGGCGGCGGCGGCGGCGGCUAUGGCGGAGGCGGUGGUGGCUACGCCGGCGGUGGUGGCGGCGGAUACGGUGGCGGCGGCCGUGGCGGAGGCGGGAGGGAGGGCGACUGGGCUUGCCCUAGCUGCGGCAACAACUGCUUCGCCUUCCGCCAAGAGUGCAACCGCUGCCAGACUCCAAAGCCUGGGGGAGACGGUGGCGGUGGCGGUGGCGGCGGCGGCGGCUACGGCGGCGGCGGCGGCGGGCGUAGCGGUGGCGGUGGGUACGGUGGAGGCGGUGGUCGCGGUGGGGGUGGCGGCGGCGGGAGGGACGGCGACUGGGCGUGUCCCAGCUGCGGCAACAACUGCUUCGCCUUCCGCAACGAGUGCAACCGCUGCCAGACCCCCAAGCCCAGCGGCGGCGGCGGCGGUGGCGGCGGCGGCGGUGGCGGCGGCGGCGGCGACGAUGCAGGCGGCCGUGGCCGUGAUGAAAGGUCCCGCAGGGAGAGGUCGCGCUCUCGCUCCAGGGACAGGGGUGGAGGUGGCAGGGAUGACGGUCGGGAGGAAGAACCCGCCGGCACGGAGUCCACAUGCGGCAAGGAUUGCGGAGACGAGUGCGACAACAACCGUGUCUACGUGUCCGGCCUGCCCACGACCAUCACGGAGACGGACCUGGUGGACAAGUUCAGCACCAUCGGCAUCAUCGCCCGCAUCCGGCAGGCACGUGCCUCUAAGAGGGGCUACAAAGAUCAGUGGCCAUUUUCCGUUCGCAUCUACAAGGACAGCAACACGGGCAAGCCUAAGGGCGACUGCAUAAUCAAGUACGAGGAACCCAACUCCGCGCACGCCGCCAUGAGGUGGUUCGACGGCAUCGACUUCAAGGGGGGAAAGAUCGGAGUUGCCAUGGCUGCGAAGCCCUCCCUCAACAACCGCUACUAACGAUUUCCGACGUUCCGGAAGGGAAUGAAUGCCCUGCUACGGGCUUAACGAGAAAUUGUGGAACCUUAAUCAGACAAAGAUCGUGAGAUGUGGACCUUCAGAACCCGACGAAAUCGGAAAAGGUCGUGAGAUAUGGACCUUCAGAACCCAUACUAGACAAGACAGCGGUUGUGAUUCUCUGCGGGUGGUAGGUAAUUGAGACCCGAGUUGCCGACCCAUAACUUGUGUAGCCGCACGACGUUGGUUUCAUUGUUACUUAUUUUGAUCCUGUUGGUAGUGGUAGAAACGUUUCACCAUCACAGUCAAGUGUUACCAGCGAUCGCCAUGACAACAGUGUUUCGAAAGGUGGUGAUUGUUGAGGCUCACCUUCUGCAAGGGUCGGAUUUCAUUUUGGUUGAGCGCAAGCGGUACGGGGUAUCAUGAGGGAUGGGGUGGGAAAAGACGAGCCUCGCCAUGAUCGCAAAGCCUGUCUUAAGACCAGCUUGACACCACGGGGCCAGGAAAGCUACCGUGGUGGUCGCAGAAAAAUAUGCUUCUCUUCGCUAUACGUGCAAGAUCGCUGCGGCAGUAAUUGCCUCCCGGAGCAUUCCGCUGCAGGCGAAGCCUUUGCCUAGCGAAGAACCCGCUGGUUUGGGUCGCGUGACUCGCUGUACUCGGACAGUCCUUAGCCUUCAAAGGAAAGCUACAGUCCGAGCUUUGUUUUCGCACGAAGAGUUUGAACUAGACACAAAUAGUAAAGGUGUGCGAUAAAGAGGAGGGGUCGUGCACAGAUUUUUCACAGAUUUUUUUUUGUCUUGUUUUCUCUGAGCCUGUUCUUUCGUCGCGACGGGGAAAAGAGGGCGUAAAGCGUGAAAGAUCACGAGCAGAUGAGAGAGCGAAUUCAUAUUAUAUCUUCACGUAUAAUGCUCGCCAUAGAGUGUGCGAGGGGAUGAGGAGGGCGGUAGAUGACGUUUUUUUCGGUUGGGAGCGGUGGCAUCAUGUACCCCUCUUUGUCUAGGGUGGAGCGCUGUGCGGUGCUGGGUCCUGCCCUCUACGUAUCCGUGGACGAAUGAGUAGCUAGUGAUGAUGUCGGAGAUAAGGCGAUAUAUGUGCGAACCUGUUGGUUGCCAUUUCUUCUGUUCUAUAGGUGUAGCACCGCCGUGCCUGUGUUGCAUCGAGUGUGGGUCAUUCAUGCUUCUUUUGGGAACCUGGAUUUAUUUAUCUAGCGGCCCGUGGCGUAUGAAGUACGACCAGAACAUUGUAGCAGCAGGCGUGGCAGUUUUCCCAAAGGGAUUAGUCAACAGAAGCAGCGUGGGGGCCCAAGAAAGCGUGGGGGCGAAAUCGAGCAUCAUAAGGAUGUUUCUCGAUUCGUUUUCCGGGAUGCCGACCAUUUUCGGGUUGACAACUUACCGCGAUUUUUUUUGCGAAAACGCUUCAUCUGAACGAAGACGGAUAUAUGUUGUUCAUCAUCUUUGGAGUUAAUGAAGACAUUAGGUUUCUUCGGGCUGCAUGCACUUGAUGCGUCUGGUGUGAAAUGUCCUGAAAACAAGUAGCGUGGAGUGGUGCACCUGGACGACAAGUUCGGAAAGAUUUUCGACUCGUUCAAUGGUCCCGCGUUGUUCACAAACCAUCCGAAGCUACGUAUGCGUUCGUUUCUGCAACAAACAUGACACACUCCACAUUUUGCCUGGGCACGUUUGCCUGUACAGAAUUUGCCACUUCACCUACGCAUACGUGCGGGCAUGUCCGGUGUGUCAUUAAGAAAAUCU